CUCAGGAGUAUUGGCAACCCUGAAUGAAAUAAAAUUAUCGAACCAAUGCCAAGUUACGAGCGGAUUGAUUUUUACAUCACCGUUCAAGUGCUUGUCACGGCGCAACAUUUGAACUCAGCGUCGUAAAAAUCGGUGUUUUUUUUGGUUUUGAAGUGUUACAGAAUGCAUGUCACUACCUCGUACUAAACUAUAUUAUUUUGUAAACAUUUUAAUAAAGUGAUUUUAUAUACGUAUUAAUUUUUCGCUUAUAAAGCGAAAAGAAACGGGUGUGAAAAAGAAUAAUCCAAAAUGUCGAUAAACUUAGACGAGCCCAAAUUUGACCAGAAGACGUACUGGGGACGCGCAAAACAUUUUAUACUUCUCACAAAUCCAUUGAACGCGUUCGCAUCAGACAAGUCACUUAAUGAGGCGAAGCGAGUCGUAGAUGAGUUCAGGAAAACAAAGAGAAUGCCUCAAGGAUAUGAUGAAGAGAAACUUUGGGCCGCUAAAUAUCUGUACGACAGUGCAUUCCACCCCGACACAGGAGAGAAGAUGGUCAGAUUCGGACGUAUGUCUGCACAGGCGCCUAUGAACACAAUCGUCACUGGAUGCAUGAUAACUUUCUACAAGACAAAGCCAGCGAUUAUCUUCUGGCAGUGGUUCAAUCAGACGUUUAACGCGGUAGUCAACUACACGAACCGAUCUGGAGACGCGGUUAUCACUACUAAGCAGUUGAUGGCGUCGUACUGCGCGGCUUGUGGUGGUGCCCUCAGCACCGCAUUGUACCUCAACAGUAAAGUAAAGGGAAUGAACCCCCUGUACGCCCGGUUGGUGCCCUUCGCAGCUGUAUGUGGUGCUAACUUCAUCAAUAUCCCCAUGAUGAGGAGCAAUGAAAUAAUGAACGGUACGCCGGUGUUUACACCUGACGGUCAAAGGGUGGGUGAAUCGAAGAUCGCGGCGAUAACGGGCAUCCUUCUAGUCUGCAUAUCCAGAGUGGGCAUGGCUUUACCGGGAAUGACUCUGGUACCCGUUUUAACACAGACGGCGAUUAAAAAGAAAAUUUUCCACCCGUCCUCGCUGGCCAUCGUUCCCUUCCAGCUGUCGCUGGUGUGUCUCUGUGUCACGUUCGCCACGCCUCUAUGCUGCGCCUUCUUCGAACAGAAAGCCAACAUCAGUAUCAACACUAUUGAAGCUAACUUAAAGGAUAAAGCCUUAAAACUAUCGCCAAAGACGGACACAGUGUAUUUUAACAAGGGUUUGUAAGAAUUUUGAAAGAUCCUUUGUAUGUUACUCAAGGUAAUGUUGCUCAUUACUUGUUCAGCAAUGGAGUCGCAAAUAAGCAUGCUUACUGGGUCAGAACCGACAAAAAAGUUAUUUUUCUUCUGUUUUGUUUAAUUAUAUUUUUUGCCAUUAGUAGAAAACUAUGUCAGGUGUUCUUUAGACCAGAUUGCCUAUUGUGAGUGUUA